AUGCGCUGGGCGGGGGCGCCGCGGGGUGCCUGGGUGACUCCCCCGGGGGGUCGGGCCCUGCUGCCCUACGUGCCCCGCGUGCCCCCCGCGGCGCUGCCAGGGAAGCUCACCGCCACCACCUUCGCACUGGAGAGGCCCUGCUGCGUCUUCGACCGGCACGCCAACGCCUCUGACACCAUCUGGCUGGCAGUGGCUUUCGCCAACGCCUCGGCCGCCUUCAGAAACCCCCCGUCCCGGGCCGACGUGCCCCCAUACGAGCAGCUGCCCACCGCCCACUCCUACAUGACACUGGAGACGGCAGCGGCCACGUACGCCUGCUCGGCAUCGAGCCCGGCCGUCCUGCGGGUUGGGGGUGACACAGUGUGCGGGGGCCAGGGCGGCCGGGACCCUUGCAACGGGCCCCUGCCCUCCCCAGGGCCCUACAGGGUGAAGUUCCUGGUGAUGGGCUGCCACGGCCCCAAAGCGGAGACGAGGUGGUCUGACCCCAUCCUCCUGCGGAGAGCCGGCAGCCCGAGCACCAUCGACCCCGCACCCGUGCGCCACGGCAGCGACGUGGUUGUCAUCGCCUCCAUCCUCGCCAGCCUGGGGGCCGUGCUGGCCGCGGCGGUGCUCUGUGCCAUGGGGUACGGGGGCUGCACGGGGCCACGCUCGGGGGGAUGCGUCUCCCUGCCGCCCAGCAGCAUCCCCGCGACGGGCAGCGGGCGCAGCACCGGCAUGAUCGCCCUCACCUCCAUCCUCUCCAUCCUCUUCGCUGUCCUGCUGGCCGGCCUGGUGGCCAUGCUGUUCUUCUCGGGCGCUUGA